UCUGAGACACGUUUCUUCUUCUUCUUCUGCUCCACCCAGAGAUCAGCGCUGUCUUCCCUCCCUCCUCUGUGGGGAACAGGAGGGAUGAAUGGGGAGGCGAUGGAGGGGAUCCUGGAGCAGCAGCAUGCCGGUAACGACUCCCACCUCCCUCCCCCUCCCACCAUCACGCCGGCAAUCCCUCCCUACGUGAAGCUGGGUCUCACCAUCGCCUACACCAUCUUCUACUCGCUGCUCUUCGCCUUCGUCUACGCCCAGCUGUGGUUGGUUCUGAGAUACCGACACAAGCGCUUCAGCUACCAGACGGCCUUCCUGUUCCUGUGUCUGCUGUGGGCCGCCCUGAGAGCCCUCCUCUUCUCCUUCUACUUCAGAGACUGUGUGACCGCCAACGCUCUCGGACCCUUCGCCUUCUGGCUGCUCUACUGCUUCCCCGUCUGCCUGCAGUUCUUCACGCUCAGCCUCAUGAACCUCUACUGCGCUCAGGUCUACUUCAAGGCAAAGUCCAAGUACACACCUUCACUGCUCAAGUACAGACUUCCUCUGUACCUCGUCUUCUUCGGCGUCAGUCUCCUCUUCCUCGUGGUUAAUCUGGUCUGUGCCCUGCUGGUCAAAAUGACGGCGGCCGACGUGAAGACCAUCGUCCUGGUGAGGGUCACCAUCAACGACAGCCUGUUCGUCCUCUGCGCCAUCUCGCUUUCCGUCUGCCUCUACAAGGUCGCCAAGAUGUCGCUGGCCAACAUCUACCUGGAGUCUAAGGGGACGUCGGUGUGUCAGGUGACUCUGAUCGGCAUCAUGGUGGUUCUGCUGUACGCGUCGCGCGCCUGCUACAACCUGGUGGUGCUCGCCCUCACUAACAUCGAGACCAUCAACUCCUUCGACUACGACUGGUACAACGUCUCAGACCAGGCGGACCUGCGCUCGUCUCUGGGAGACGCCGGCUACAUCGUGUUCGGGGUGAUCCUGUUCGUCUGGGAGCUGCUGCCCACCUCGCUGGUCGUCUUCUUCUUCAGGGUCCGACGGCCGCCGCAGGAACGGAGCACAGCUGGGAUACCGAACCACGUUCUCUCCUCUCGAGGAUAUUUCUUUGACAAUCCUCGACGGUACGACAGUGACGAUGACCUGGCGUGGAGCAUCCCUCCCCAGAAUGCAUCAGCAAGUCUUUCCUCCGACUGCUACGACUGGGGCAGUCGCCACAGCAGCUUCACGGUUCACACCAACGGAGACGAGCAGCGCCUCACCGCCGGGGGGGGGGAGCUGCACCCUUACCCAUAAUGCCCCUCUUCACUGUACAGCACCACUCCGCACUUUCACACCGAUCAGUUAUUGUGUUUCUUAUCAUAACUGAUGUAGAGGUUUGUAGAGAAUUUAGAGAAAAUACCUGAAUGUUCAGCAGGGUUCCUACACAGAGACGAAUCAGGUUUUUGCUUUAAUUACAAUAUAUUAAUACUGCAGCACAAUAACAGUUACAAUAACAUAAUACAAUAAUACACCAUAACACACCAUUAGUGUUUCGCUGCUAACACUUGCCACAAUGCAUCUGGCUAUUUUGCAUACAUUUACAGUAUGUCGAAAAUUCUGAUGCUACCGUGAUGUUCAUAUCAAACACAUUAAAGGUGGGGUAGGUAAGUUUGAGAAACCGGCUCGAGAUACACUUUUUGUUAUAUUCCAUGGAAUGCUCUUAACAUCCCGAUAGCAAUGAAUAUCUUAAGUGCUUUGACAAAAAAUCCAUAAAAAAAAUGUCAUCUGUGGAAGCCGUAGUGCUGUAAAAAGCACGACCAAUCAUCUGAGCCGACUAAAAUAACUGGAUGGCCUACCUGCCUGUCAGCCUUCCAUCUCGUGCCCUCAUUGGUCAUGUGCACGUUCGUGUGUGUUGGAGGAGGGGCUCUAUAAGGAAGUGGCAGAUUUUCUCCCGCUGUGUAUUUUCAAAUUCUAGCGAUCUCGAGCUGGUUUCUCCAAAAUUACCUACCCCACCUUUAAUAGAUCAAGUUAUAAGUUGUUUAGAUAUUUUAAGUGACAGAAUGAGACCUAGUGGUUUAAAGAAAACCCAAAUGCUGCUGAUUAAAAUGUCACCUUAAUGUCGACCGUAUCUAGUGAUAUAUGUAGUUUAGUGCAUCCUAAAGGUCGAAUUUCAUCCAGUACUGCAGCUUCACAUUGUUUUUAAUCAUUCAAAUCGGUUCAUGAGGUUUGAUCAGAAAUGAUCCAGAGUCAGUCAAGGCCUUUACACACCAGCCAUUACACAAUCAUGCAUAAAAGAAAUGCAUUUUUUCCUCUCUUUUCCUCACAUCGGAUUCAGAAUCAGAAACAGGUUUAUUGCCAAGUAAGUUAACUCUUAUGAGGAAUUCGUCUUGGUGUACAUGUUUCAUCAAAAGUAAGAAAACCAACCAACAAAUUAAAUAAAAACAAUUGAUACUAUUAUACAAAGUACUUGGAAUAAUGAAAUACAUCAACUAUGUUCAGUAUUGUUAUGGAAGAGGAUGAGAGGUAGCUUGUGUACACAUGUACAACAUUAUUUGGAGGGUUUUGCAGAACAGGCAAUACUUAAAUGAACCUUGUCUUGCCUCUGCAUUUUUUCCACAUAUUUGCUUUCUUUGUGAAAGUAUUAAUCUCAAAAAAGUAAUUCAUGAGACAUAAAACCGUUAUAAAGGAUAUGCAAAUGAGUUGCUUGUGUAAAAGCCUGAACUCUGUGUAGGAGCCCUGCUUCAGAGAGUCCAUGUGUUAUAGACUGACAGUUUGUAGACGGUGUCGUGAUGAAUGUUUUAGAGAAUGUUUCUUGAUCUUUUGGGGAGUUUUUCAGCAAGUAAGCCAAAUAAAUCUACCUUUAAUUUGUUUAAUUAACAAUUAUCCUGACUUAACUGAAACCAAUUCUCCAAAUGUUCAAUUUCUUGCAGUUUUUCGAUCAUGUACUCAAGGCACUUUGAAAAUUAGCAAUUGCACAAAUAUCUGAGACAAUCUGACAGGGUAAUACAAGUGAAUUCAGUUUGGUUUUUAAUAUUAAACUCUUCCUUUAAAGGUGGGGUAGGUAAUUCACUUCAGAAACACUUUUUGUUAUAUUCCAUGGAAUGCUCUUAAC